AUGGGUGCUCUGAUGAGAUCCGUUCCUAGGGAGAUGUGGGGAACACUUGGCGCGAAGAAGACGGUGAAGGAGGCGUGGGAGAUGGUGCAGAUGAUGAGGGUUGGAGUAGAUCGGGUGAAGGAGAUCAGUGUCCAGAAGCUUCUCAAGGAAUUGGAGAACAUCGAGUUCAAGGAAGGAGAAAGCGUGGAGGAUUUCGGCAUGCGGAUCACCAACAUCAUCGCCACACUCAAAUCCCUCAAUGAGACUAUUGACGAUCCUUGUGUUGUCAAGAAUUUUUUGCGUGUGCUGUCGUCCCGUUUCAAUCAAGUUGCCGUAUCCAUCGAGAUGUUCUAUGAUAUGAAAACAUUGUUAGUGGAGGAUUUGGUGGGGCGGUUGCGCGCUACAGAAGAUCGGUUUGAGGACAAGGACUGCAAGCGCCCAAAGAAGGAGAAACGUGAGGAGGCAAACCUUGCUAAGGCUGACGUUGAUCAGGCAACGUUGCUUCUUGCCACAGUUCAUGACGUCGGGCCAAAGCAGCCUGAGAUGGUGGAUCUCCAAGAGAAGAAGGUGAAUCCUAUUGAGUGCGAGGCUGGUGUUUGGCAUCUUGGCCUUGAUAUGUCAGUGCACAACACAGAGCAUUUUGGAGAUGGCUCCAGUGUCAAUAUUGAAGGCCUUGGCUCGAUGAUCAUGGCAGGCCAUGGAGGAGAGCACAAGGUAUUAACAAAUGUUUACUACAUUCCUAAGUUACAGAGUAACAUUGUUAGCCUUGGUCAGUUAGAGGAAGUUGGGUGCAAGGUAGUGCUGGAGAAUGGUUUAUUGCAGAUUUUUGAUCGAAUUGAUCAGGGAAGGAGACUAAUUGUCAGUACUCCACGCACUAGCAAUCGGUUGUACAAGUUGCAGAUCAAACCAGCAACACCAGUGUGCCUAAUGUUGAGUAUCACUGACACAGCUUGGCUUUGGCAUGCUAGAUAUGGACAUUUGAAUUUUAGGGCUCUCCGAGAAUUGGGUAGAAAGGGUAUGGUCAAUGGAGUGCCAGUGGUGGAUCAUGUUGAGCAGUCUACUGUAGACCAACCGACAACAGAUGCAGAGCAAGGAAGUCCACAGUCUAGGGGGCCUGAACCAGCAUCACCAUCAUCUACACCAAUGUUUCCAGUGUUUGGGAGCCCCCAAGAGUCAGCCACACAGACUGCAUCAAGUUCACAUUCACGUGGAGGAGCUGGAGCUCAGUGGGUAACACCACCUGGAGAGCAAUGCUCUAAAAGUGAUGAACUGACACCCAGAUUCAGGUCACUAUCCAACCUGUAUGAUACAACUGAGGAAAUUCAGAAUUUGGAAUAUAGUGGGUUGUGUCUUCUUGCUGCUGAUGAGCCUCCCAGUGUAGAAGAGGCUCUUGAGGAGGAGUGUUGGAGAAAAGCAAUGGAAGCUGAACUUCAUGUUCGUGCUCUCGCCGCGGUGACCGCGCUCAGUCGCCGCCGCUCCACCGACGUUCCAGGGACUGGCCGCCAUGGCUGGGUUCCAACAUAUAUAUACCGAAGGGUGCUAGACGAGGAAGUUUAG